UCGUCAUGGACUUGCCUCUCUCCACCACCAUCGACCGCCACCCACUCCCCCUCACCAAGCACUCCUUCAUCAUCUCCGCCGCCACCUCCGUCGAAGCGCCGUCGCCCCCAGAACGCCGGAUACACAUACCGACGACUCUCUCUAACCUUCUCCACCUCCACCUCGCGUCGAAGCCCGACGGCCGGACAGUUGACCACCCAACCCCCACCGUCGACGACGCUCCGGCCUUCUCCCCGAAAGAAGACAUCUCCUCCCUCUUCCCGGAUAUCCACGGACGCGCCGACUGGUGUCGCCUCCUCAACCCCCUCCACCCCUGGCUCCGCCGUGAGAUCAUCAAAUACGGGGAGCUCGCGCAGGCCACCUACGACGGAUUCGACUUCAACCCCUUCUCCGAGUUCUGCGGCAGCUGCCUCUACGGCCGCCACCGGCUCCUCGAGAAGCUCGGCCUGUCGAGGAGCGGCUACGAGGUGUCCACGUACGUCUACGCCAUGUCCCACGUCGAUCUCCCCGCCUGGCUCGAGCGCUCAAUCCAUGCGGACGCAUGGAGCACGGAGUCCAACUGGAUGGGCUUCGUCGCCGUGAGCGACGACGAGGAGUCCCACCGCAUCGGCUGCCGCGACGUCGUCGUCGCCUGGCGAGGCACCAUCGCGCCGACCGAGUGGUUCGAGAACGUACAGGGCAAGCUCGAGCCGCUGGGGGACGGCCACAGCGCCGUCAAGGUCGAGCAUGGCUUCCUCGGUGUGUACACAUCAAAGAGCGAGAGGACGCGCUACAACAAGACCAGUGCGUCCGAGCAAGUCAUGGCUGAGAUCAAGAGGUUGGUAAAUCAUUACAGACGGCAGGGGGAAGAGGUCAGCCUGACCAUCACCGGCCACAGCCUGGGCGGCGCGUUAGCUCUGCUCAACGCCUACGAGGCAGCGUCCGCCAUGCCGGACCUUCCUGUCAGCGUCAUAUCCUUCGGCGCACCGCGCGUCGGCAACGCCGCAUUCGGCGAUAGGCUCAAGGAGAUGAACGUGAAGGUACUGAGGGUGGUGGUGAAGCAAGAUGUGGUGCCGAAGAUGCCCGGGAUCCUAUUCAACGAGGGGCUGAAGAGGCUGGAGAGCGUGACCGGAAAACUGGGGUGGGUGUACAGUCACGUCGGCCUCGAGCUCGGGAUCGACGUCCGGUCGUCGCCGUUCCUCAAGCGCGGAAUCGACGUCGCCGGAUUCCACAAUCUGGAGGCCUACCUGCACUUGGUCGAUGGAUUUCGCAGCUCGGACAAUGGGUUCAGGAGCAGCUUCAAGAGGGAUGUGGCGCUGGUAAACAAGGCCAGUGGGAUGCUGAGGGAUGAACUCAAGAUACCACCUUGCUGGUAUCAGGUAGCUAACAAGGGAAUGAUGUGCAAUGUUCAUGGGAGAUGGAUGAAACCUGCAAGAGAGCAGGAAGACAUCCCUUCACCUCAUGCACAAACACCUGAUCCAUGUCAAGCUUGAGCUUUGUAAUGGAGCCAAGCUUGCAUCAUUUAGCUGUACAUCAUAUUGUUCAUCAAUCAGAUCAAAUAGCAAGCAAUAACACAGGAUCACUGAUUGCAAAUUUCAUAUGAACUCGUAGCACAAACAUAUCAGAUUGUGUAUAAUUAAGCCAUGGGAAACGUUUUAUCAACAGCAUCUACAAACGGAAAGAAGGGAAGGAAGAAAAGAAAAGUAUCACUCACUACUACAAUCAAUACCAACUCAUGGGGAAUUUUAUCAUCUACAAACAGAAAACAUAAUACAAUCACAUAUACAACAAGGAGAUG